UCAUUUUGUUUCUCAUUUUCUUCAUUACAGUUCAAAGAGAAAGUAAUGGUUCGCGUUCAUGACUGUGUUCAGUAGUUCAGUACUUCAGCAUGUGCCUUCCAAUCGGAUAAUUUUUGUGUCUAAUGGAUAAUGAGAAUACUUAUUUCACCUUAAUUUAAUUAAUCUUUAUCUGACCUCUCUUUUGUUCAUCAAUCUUCUUCCUUUUUUAAUGGGUAAAACCAUGUUGACGCUUUUUUCAAAGCAAUUAACCAAAGCUAUCGAUGAGUGUAAAUCAUCUGCUGUGAUGGCAAAAAAAUUUGUUGGUAACAUUGAAACAAGAAAAUGGUCCAUCAAGAAGAAAAACAAAAUGAGAGCUUUUCAAGUUACAGCAGAUGAUGACGAUGAAUACGUUAGUUGGGGAUCUGAUUUUGAUGAAUCUUGCUCCGAUGAUGGUGCCGAUGGACGAAAUAGUCGAACAAAUGAUAACUGUGAUAAUAACGAGGAUGAUGUGGACGAGGAAGAGGAUGAAGAAGACGAAGAUGAUGUCGAUGGUAGGUUAUCAGGGCGAUGUGGAAGCUAUUCUUUAAGUGAAACUGAAAGAUCGUCGUGUCAAUUGCGAAGCAUCAAAUGUGCAUCAACCUUUGAUAAUACUUAUGAAGCCAUUUCGGAAACUCCAUCAACAUCAAGUUAUUGUGGAUCUUCUGAAAAUAGUUCAACAUUUUAUGAAACACCACCAGAAAGGAGAAGAGGAUCGUGUCCAAGUGAAAAAUCGUCGUCCGGCAUAGGUGAAAUGAAUGGUUCCACUCGAUCCAACAGUGGAGAUGAUCGAAGUGAACUAAGUGAACAUUGUUCUGUUUAUGAUUAUUCAACAAAUGAAAAAAAGCGAAUCUCUCAGCAUCCUCAUCAACUUUCCAUUGAAGUUAGCUCAGAGUAUAUUAUGAGAGAAUUGAACCGAAAGAAAAGGUCAUUCCUCAACGGAUGUGAAGCCUCAUCUGAAGCCUCAUCUGGUCAAUGUUCAGAGCCAAGUCCAAAAGCCCGAAUCCGUCCAUUAGUUAAACCAGCAAUCCCACCAAAGCCUAACUUAACUCAGUUCAACCCAUCUAAACCUGGAAGCCCUGGAACUAGACGCAAAGUUAGACGUAAAAUUGUAAGACCCACUGGGGAACCUCCGCCACCCCCAGUACCUAAAUCACCGCCUCCAAUCUCACCCGCAUCAUCUAAACUUUCACUAACUGAUCGUCUAGCUGAGUUAACCUUGGACGAUUUGAAUGAAGUUUUGGGCGUUCAAUUAUCAUCUGACCCGGAAGAUAAUGAUUUUGCUUCUGAAAAUGGUGAUUGUGUUACAUCUGGAUCAACUGUAACAUUAACUGCAUCCAAUAUUGAAAAAGUAACUGCAGCAGCAGCCAAAGCAGAAGCAGCCGCAGCCACAGCCACAGAAACAUCAUCAAUAGUUAAAUCUAAUUGUAAUAAUGAAACAACCACUAACGUGUUGAAUGGUAAAGAUCAGCAUAAACAGUCAAACCAUAAUUUAACCAAGAGUGAUCACCUGAACCAGGAAAAAAUGGGACAGAUCAAUGAUAAGAUUAGCAAAUUUUAUCAUCACAAUCACAAGAAUAAUAGUAAACAAAAAAAGAGUAAUAAAGAUGAUAAUUACAAUUCUGAUAAAAUAUUCUCUCCUGUUGCUACCGAUGUUACUUGUAUAGUAAAUGAUGUUGAUGAUGAGGAGGAUUUUGGAGAUUAUGAGACACCGUUAAACUUUAAAUAUCCAAUGUCACAAAAUUUAAACAAUAACGCUGACUCUCGGACCAAUACCACCGCAACCAAUAGUGCCCAUAGUGGUUCAUCAUCGACUUGUACUCGAUUGGUGUCCCGAUCAUCUUCCGUUGCUUCAGGAUCUUAUGUACCUGAUUCAGGAUUUUCCGAUUGUGCCGGAAUAUCGCCUUAUCCAAUCUCACCGCCACCUCCUUUUGAUGAUAAUUACUGUUGCUCUUGUCGUAGAUUGAUGAAGAGUGUUGGAUCAACGCCAAAUUUGCACGCCAUCAGGCCAUCAAGUAGAUCUGACCUUUCCCUUUCAACGGUCACUUCAACAACACCAUUAUCAUCAUCCUUGUCCUCAUCUUCAUCAAUGAAAAAUCAAUCAAAUACAGUUGGUACAUCAUCUAAUCCACUAACCACAACAACACCAACCUUUGACAAUGAUAGUCACCACUCGUCAUCAUCCCAUCAUCAUCACCAUCACCAUUAUCAUCAUAAUCACCAUCAUCAUAAUAAUAAUAAUCACCAUCACCAUCAACAUUCACAUUCACAUUCAACGUCAAACCUUUCACUGUUAACCGUUGAUCGACCCAAAUUACCAAGAAGUAAACCCGAUUGUAGUAACAGUAAUAGCAAUAAUAACAAUAACAAUAAUAGUAAUAAUAGUCUUACUAAUGGUAAUCAUAGUAACAACAGCAAUAAUAAUAAUUCAUCAGGAAUUAGCUUUAAAGCUGAGUUUGCAGCCAAGUUUGCAGAGAAAGCGGCUUUUGCCAAAAAAAUUAUCAACUCACGGCCUCCAUUUAAAACCUUUGAAUCCAUUUAUGCAACCGGAAAAUCAUUUGGUUUCUCAUCAUCAUCUUCAUCAGCCAACAACAACUCAUCGUCAUCCGUUAAUCAUAACAACAAUAUUAAUCGAUCAGGAUCAACCUGUAACCUUGCUCAAAGACCACUUCCACCAUUACCGGAUGAUGUUAUGCCUAUUGAAAAGUACUCAUGGUUCCAUGGACUUGAAAGAGACUCAGCAACCGCUGUACUAAAAGAUCUUGGUACAGAAGGAGCUUACCUUAUAAGGCCUAGUAAACGAGCUGGACAGUCCAACCCGUUAACCCUCAGUAUUUUACACGAAGGAAAAGUUUUCCAUUUGAAUGUUCGUCGUCGAUCCGAUGGACUUUACUGCCUAGGAAAAGAGAAGGACAAAGAAAGAACGUUUGAAUCUGUUCCUGCUUUGAUACGCUUUCACCAGAAAGAGCCAAUCUUGUUGACCACAAAAGGGGAAUCUGCCGGAAUCACCAAAUUGAUGGUCACUCCAAUUUCAUCUUCAUCAAUUUCAAGCUCAACAUGAUAAUUACAAUCGUCAAUCAUGUUUAUUUGUCCAACUAAAUCCACUUUUUGUCCCAAUCUUUUGUCCUCUCAUUUUGUCUCUCUCUCUUCUUUUUUAAACCCUCCUUACCUGAUGAAUCUUGUUACCUUUUUCCCGUUUCUUACCCUACAAUCUUGUUCCUAAACCUAUCAAACCAUUUCACUGUUUUCCUCCUUCCAUCUACUCUUUUUGAUAAUCAAAUCCCUAGUCAUGAGCUUAAUCAAUUGCAAUUGAAAUAAUUAUUCCUCUUUUUUACAAUAACAAUAACAAAUCGUAAUGCUUAA